AUGUCGGUCAAAGACAACGCUGAUGUGAAGCCUACGACUACCAAAGACGAAGAAGUCAUAUCACUCAAGGAAAAUGUACAUUCUAAGACUGUCGAAAACGCAGAGACACCCGGUCUCAGUGAUGAGGAAGAAGACCCCCACGUGAGCUUCAAGACGUGGGUUGUUGUCUGGAUCCUCUCAUGCGGUUAUGGUCUCUCUUUUUGGCCCAUCCCGGUGAUGGCAAACAUUGGUGGCUUGGUUGCGGCGGAGCUUGAUGCUCCAGAAAAGGCAUAUUGGUUCAUACCAGCCUGGACUAUCUCUAUCACCGUAUGCUUCAUGCUUUGCGGCGCGAACACGGAUCUUCUUGGUCGACGUUGGUUCUUGGUUCUUGGAAAUCUAGUCAGUGCCACUACUACUCCUUCUCCUCCUUCUCCCCGAGUUGCGCGGUUGUAUCUUCAAGCCCAUACUGACCGCCUCCCACAGGUUUGUACAGUUGGACACAUCGUUACUGCAUCCAAAGCCAGUGCAAAUGCAGUAAUUGCGGGCAUGGCAAUCGCUGGGUUCGGAGGGGGCAACUGCCAGGCAAGUGAAGUGAAGUGA